AGCAGUGGGAAACCGGAAGUAGGAUUAGAUGACGCAGCGCUCAUUGAGGAGAGCUUCAUGCACCUCGAUCAGUUGCUCUGGAGUGAAAAUGGCUCCGUCCUUCUGGAAAGGUGUUGUCGGUGUAGGCCUUUUCGCCUUGGCGCACGCGGCGUUUUCAGCGGCACAACACCGAUCAUACAUGAGACUGACUGAAAAAGAGAAUGAAACGUUACCUAUAGAUAUAGUGUUACAGACAUUGUUGGCAUUUGUGGUCACGUGUUAUGGGAUAGUGCACAUCUCAGGCGAGUUCAAAGAUAUGGAUGCUUCCUCAGAGCUCAAAAACAAGACAUUUGACACAUUGAGAAAUCACCCAUCUUUCUACUUGUUUAAUCAUCGAGGCAGAGUACUCUUCCGCGCUCCUGAGCCAGAAGCCACUCCAAGCGCCCAGGCCUUGCCCUCCAAUCCCCUGCGGUUACGCAAGCUGGAAAAUUUUCACUGAGACUGGCCUUCAGUGGGCUGCCUUGCCAUUUUCUAGUGUUUUUUUUUUUUUUUUUUUUUUUUUUUAGAUUUAUUUGUUAGCUCCUCGGUUGGAAAGGGAAAAUAAGCAUAUUUUCCUGUCUUUAUAUAUAUCUUAAUAUGCUGUACGAACAUGCAUCUCUUGUGGUUACUAUUUUGUCAAUGGACUGUGCCAACACCUUUUCCAGCUGAUAUGUUUGUAAAUACUUGUUAUUGCUUGGGAGUCUUAAGUCUGUAGGUUACACCUGUAGCUCUCCAGCGGGCUCACAGAAAGGGGGUUUCAUCCUUCUGUUGCACAAAAGGCACAAAUCCUACCAUGUACAAUGAUGGUUUUUGCUACAUUUUUGGCCGUGCAGCUGACCCUAACUGCAACAGGUUCUUCCCGGUACCCUUCCAAAAUGAGGUUGAUAUUAUGGACCAUAAAUUGUAAUUGUGUUCAGAACCAGUACCUGACUACUGUACUUCAAAAUUGAGCGUGUUAUGCAAAUAAUCUUGGAACUAAUUAAAUUAUUAAAACAUCUGAACGAGGGCCAGAUAGAUGAAGUAGAUUAAUAGCAAUUCUAAUACUGUAAACACUCAGUGGGAAUGAAUGGUACAUUUGUUCUUUGAUGGGGGCAAUGCUUUCUGUUUUAUUUCAUGUUGAGACACAACUCCUUAUUUUUACCUUAAUAAAUUCUGAAAUUGUAUUGAAGAAUUUUUUACUUGGAUGAUAUCCACUGUUUUUUGCCCCUUUAUUCUAAAAGCAGGAUGCAGUAGUGUGUUUGAAACAGACAUGUUCUUCCCGUCUGAGAAUAUCAUGAAGAUAUGAGAUGAAGCGUGUUAAUUUAACUGUUUACAAGACCUGCUAAAUGGCUAGAAGGUUUUAUGCCAUGCUAUGAACAAUUUUAUUGUCUUAUUGGAACAUUAUUUGGGUGUGGUAUUUUAACUUGGUUGAUGUAGAGAAUGGGCAGUUGAAAUGGUUUAGUUUAAGCUCGUUAUUAUACUAAUCCUUCGCUAAGCCCUUUUUUUUUAUACCAGCAAUGGCAACCCCCUUGUCCAUACACUGUUUAGUCUCUCCUGCUGAUAUUAAUAGCUUAUUAUACUUCCUUUAUGAAAAAUGCCUGUAUGUUGUCAAUACGACUUUAGGGUCCCUGCUGUAUAAGUUGUAGUUUGUUGACAUUAUCGUGAGUCAAACACUUGUGUAGAAGAUCUUAGCUAUUGUGUAAUCUCAAUUUAUUUUAAAUCUAUAAUUGGAGAUAUGUUUGUAUAGGUCUACCAUUUGAACAGCUGUUCUUUGGGUGUGCCUAAAAUUUGCAUUUUAUAUGCAUGUUGGUCUUGAUUCAUUGCACAGCCUUUGCUGUUUGUUUCAGAGUGUAAUGUCACAGCAUUAGGAUGUCACUGUCGAGGGAUCAUUGCUAGGCUGAUUUUAAAUAAGGCUUAAAAAUGAGAGAUCAUUACUUUGCUAUUAUAUGAUAUGUUCCUAAUUUUACCAUCAGUUGUCAUUUAGUAAACACAGGAAAUAAAGUUAGCUCGGGAACUACCAAAAACCUUGGUCCAAGACAAACCCCAUAAUAGACAAUCUACUAUACAUUGCUGUUUGUUUUUUCCUCUUCACAAUCUAACAGAUGAGGAAAACUCAGAAAUUAGACAACCAUAUGUGAAACACUACACCACCACAAACAUAACAUAGUACACCACAAGAUGGAAACUACACCAUUUUGAGACUUGGCUACAGCUACUUAAAUGGUGAAUGCUGUUUUAUAAAUUCCUGAGAGCGAUAUUGGCCUGUACUGGAAAAAAUAAAGGUAAAAAAUAGUUACAAAAGGAUGAUUCAUAUUUCCAGAUACAACUGUCUAAAAAUAUAAUAAUUUAGUAUGUCAAUUAUGGUAGAAAAUAAAUUAGGAUUCCAUAUCCUUCUAAGACCCGAAUGUGACUGCUGUGUGCAUUUUCCAUUUCCCUUUUUGAUUUGUAACUAGUAGCACCUAAUAAACCUAUUAAAAAAAAAAAAUAGAGCAAAUAGUUUUCCUAAAAACUUAUGCCAACAUAUGUAGACAGCGGGACAAAGUUGUGAAUUUUAAAUAAUACCAAGCUAUAGAAAGUCAAAUUUUGUUAUCAAAUUGUUUAUGUUUCCAGGAGUGUUGAUUAUUUUAUGUUUUUGAGACAUUACAGUUGAAAUUAGCAUAAUUCUGAUUCAAAGUAAUGGCCAGCAUCAUCCAAUCACUGCCAACCAUGUUAAAAUAAAAAUCUACAUUAUAAAUUCUGAA